AUGGCGCAUGAAAUCGGCCACGCGCUGGCGAGACACACGGCCGAGUCGAUGAGCAUGUUGCCGUUGAUGUAUCUGCAGUUCAUUCUCGGCAUGGAGAGCCCGCUGCUCAAGUACAUUUUCCAAUUCGCCUUCAACUUGCCCUUCAGUCGGUCGCAAGAGGCCGAAGCAGACCACAUUGGCAUCAUGCUACUUGCUAGCGCGUGCUACGAUCCGUCGGAGGCCCCGCGGCUGUGGAAGGCGUUCACGGCUUUCUAUGCGGAUCCGGAGGCAGGUGAGGACGAGCUGGAAUUGGAUUUUGAUUGGAUAUCGACGCACCCUUCCAACCGCAAGCGCGAACGAGCGCUGGACGGGCUCGUGGAGGCCGCGUUGGAGGUGCAGCGGCGCAGUAGCUGGUGCGCCUUCCUCCAGAAGAAGGUGUUGGAGUUUGUGGGUGCUAACACAGAGGCCGAGCUGCUGCACCACAUCCGCGCUGCCAUGACGCAGGCCCAAGCAGAAGAAGCCCAAGCCAACAGCACUGCAGCGCUGCGUCCGCGACGUCGAAAUACUAUUGCUGCCAUUCACGCCCUGGAGAGUCAAGAGAUGCUUAAGAUCAUCCUUGACGACGCAGCAAUGGCGGAUGGAGAGAAGCAGCAAGUGGCAGCAGCCAGCGCAUAG